AUGAACAAACAAUUACUUGUCUCUGGAUUUAAUUUAUUUCAUCAGAUUGACUUUUCAGAUUCAACAAGAAGAUUUGGCUUUGAGAAUUUCUCACCACUCAAAAAGAAUGAAUUGUCAUCAUCUCCCUCCAUGGCAAUGACACUCAAUAAUAGUCGUUCGAGUUUAAUGUCAAUGAUGUAUGGGGAGAAUAUUGUAAAUGCUUGUGGAAGUUUAUUUUACAACAUGUAUUUGACUAAUUUUGGAAGAUUGUUUGUGUUGGGGAAUUUUCAUAUAACUGAUCAUGAAUAUGUAGAGUUUCAGAAAGAAUCGAAUAAUGGCUUCUUUUUGGAUGAUAGUGCUAGAGAUUUUGAUAAUAGAAUGAUUGUUGCUACCACUAGUUAUAAGAGAUUUUACGAGUUGUCCAAUCAUUCAUCACUAAUUGAUUCAAAGAUAGUACAGAUGGCAUGUGGAAGAGAUUUCUCACUCCUCCUCACACAAGAAGGCACAGUUCUUGCCUUUGGAAAUAAUAUGAAUAAUCAAUGUGCAUUUCCACUGUCGAAAACAUUAAGUGGAAGGGCCUAUUUUCCAAAUCAAAUUCAAUCUCCUGUUCAGGUACUCUCUAGAGCUGUUUCUGUUUCAUGUGGACAGAAACAUUCAAUUGUAUUGAUGAAUGAUAGAAAGACACUUAUUACUUUUGGAGAUAAUAGUUAUGGACAGUUGGGAAUUGGUCAUUUGGAUUCAGAUCCAGACCGACAUUUCAUUUCGUUGGGAGAAUAUAUGGAUAGUGAUGAUUAUAUUGAAAAGAUUGAAUGUGGUGGAUUUCAUAACAUUGUGCUAACAAGGAAAGGAACAGUCAUUCUAUUUGGUAGAGGUAUAGAAGGUCAAUUGGGAUUGAAACAUUCAAGUUCAAUAAGUAAGCCAACCAUUCUCAACACGUUCAGAGAAAACAAUCUAAAGGUCAAAUCUGUAGCUUGUGGAGAAAUGCAUACAUUGUUUCUAACCUAUUGUGGACAAGUGUUUGCCUGUGGAAGUAAUUAUAAGGGAGAGUUGGGACUUGGAAAGCACAACUCACUUGUUCAACAUGUGACAGAGCCAACCAAGAUUAAUUUUGAAAAGAGCAUAGAGACAAUAAGCUGUGGAUCGUGUCAUUCAUUAGCAGUGAGUCGAGAUGGGAGCCAUUUUGCAUUUGGCCAGAAUCAAGAAGGUCAACUCGCCAUGAAGGGAGGCAAUAGAUUUGAGUUUCUUCCCAAGAAUAUUUCCAUUGAAUCGACGGAACAUCUUUCAACAUCUUCCUUAUUUUCUAAUAGCUCUUGUUUUUGUUCAUUCUUGGUUAGAGGAACAGCCAAUACACGGUUGACAGAGUUUUUCACCAAGUUGACAACUUCACUUAAUUCACACAAAGCCUUUGCAGAUUGCACCUUUACUUUUGAAGAAUAA